AUAAAUUCAGUGAAACAGCGAAAAUGUCCGGGAGAUUGGUGCUGAUUUACAAGAAAUUUACGGGGAAACAUUUAAUCGUACACAAUGCAAUCCAAACCGGACUGCUCAUGGGAUGUGGUGAUUUAAUUGCGCAAACAGUUGUUGAAAAGAAACCCCUCAGCGACGUUGAUGUAACCAGGACGGCAAAAUUCUUCUCGUUUGGCAUAAUUUUUGUGGGCCCAACGAUAUCAACGUGGUACAAAUUCUUGGAUAAAAAAUUCAUCGCCCAAGCUGGCCAACUUGUCAAUAAGAAACACGUGCUCUUCAAAAAGGUCGCACUGGAUCAAUUCGUUUUCGCGCCGUCUUUCAUUGCCGUGUUUUUGGGUGUUUUAAACGCGGCCGAGGGUAGAAAUUUAAGCGAGACUCGAAAAGAAAUCACCAACAAAUAUCCGGACAUAUUAACGGCCAAUUACAAGUUAUGGCCGUGGGUGCAAUUGGUUAAUUUCUAUUUUGUACCGCUGAGGCAUCAAGUACUCGUCGUUCAAAGUGUUGCGUUGCUCUGGAACACGUAUAUUUCAUGGAAAAGUCAUGCGUAAUAUCAAACAAUGUGAUUGUAUUUAAUUCUAGGUUUAAAAUAAAUUAAUUUAUGCUUA